AUGAGAACUACACGAGCAAUUACCAGUGUUACCCUUCUCGGCGUUGCCAGCGGAUUCACCAGCCAACCUGCUUUUUCUCGGCAGUCAACAGAGCUCCAGAUGGGUCUUUUUGAUGGAGUAAAAGAUGCCUUUAGUGCACCUGCAUUGGAGCGAUCUACCCUGGAUUCGGAACGAGAAACCCCCAUUGACAGAUGGAUGGGAUGGAGUGUGGCUCGACAAGAUGAAGCCGCAACAGAAGAAGCUGCUGCAGCAGUUCCGUCUGAUUUUGUGGACUCGAUGGAUGAAUCAAACUAUGUUGCAGUGGAACUGACCAAACCAAUGGGAAUUGUCUUUGAAGAAAAUGAUGAUGACUUUGGUGGAAUCUUUGUUCAGUCCAUCAAGGAAGGAGGUGCCGCGGAUACCAACGGGGUCCUCAUGGAAGGAGAUCAACUAGUGUCCGUGGGAACCAAACCAGUACAUGGUAUGCCAUUUGAUGAUGCUCUUGGAACCAUCGUUGACGCCACUGGAGAAACGGUAAAGCUUGUCCUUUUCCGUGGUGCUGCCAAGCAAUUUUACGGACCCACUGGAGCCAGCAAGGAGUGGCUCGCAGGUUUUGUAGAAAAGGGUGGAGUGGACGUAUUGGCCUAA